UGCCCAUAUUGUUCCCAUGACAUACGCACCUUCAUCUGAUAUCUGCUUCUUGUAGCCUGAUCAGCCCGGAAAACUAAGCUAGUGCAUAGUGGACAAGUACACGAGGGUUCUAAGAGGCAAUUUGAGAGCAGGAGAAGAGGCGCGAAUAGGGCCUCUCGUUCUCACGAAAAAUCGACCUCAAGCAGCAUAAUCUGCCAGCACUAUAUUUGCUCAAACAGUCAAUAUCGCGCCGCAUUCACUUUGGCAAGUUCGUGGCUGAGGCUAAGUUUCGCGCGGAUACGGAACGAUUGGUGGAGUUGAUAAAGAAGGAAGAUAGGGAGGGUAUCGAUAGGGCAAUUGCGAAUAGGGACCAGGAGGGAAACAUGUCAAGGAAACUAGAGUUGGUAUAUGGAACGGAUCUGGACGAGGCAAUUGGCGAUACAAGGAAGAUUGAUAUGGAGGCUGUGGUUGCUGUGUUUAAAGAGGUGAUUAUGCCUUUGACUAAGGUCGUCGAGGUAGAAUAUUUAAUGCAGAGAUUGAAGGGCACGAAAUGGGAAUGAAUAUUAUGAUCACUCAAGGCUCCAUCUUCAUUUAAAAGGUCAUCUCCAUGUCCUGAAAACCCAUUAAUUGUCCUUGCUGGCGCCUUUAAACGGGUACGCUUAUUACGGCAC